GUUUAAAUGCCCUGAUCAAUCGACAUUUAACGCCAACCGAAGAUUAAUAAAUCCAAGGCCUCUCUUCUUCCUUUCUAUGAACACUGAGCAGUAAUUUCGCCGUACUGUUGUGGAGAUUCCAAAAGGCUAAGUAGUCUUUUCAAGGUUAUUGGCCGCCUGUCCACCCGUCUAGAAAGGGGCUCUUUCAAUUCCCACUUGGGCAUUACUUUGCUUUCUUGAACCGAAUUCUCCUGGUAAUUGUGGAUUUAUCACCUAUCUCGCUCCUCAACCAACAUGUCUUCGCUCCCGCCAGUGUAUAUUGUCUCCGCCGCUCGCACUCCAGUGGGCUCUUUUCUCGGCUCUCUCUCAAGCCUUACUGCCCCGCAGCUAGGGUCUCACGCAAUUAAAGCUGCUAUCGAGCGGGCUGAAGGGGUUAAGGAAUCAGAUGUCGAGGAGGUCUUCUUUGGAAAUGUCAUCUCCGCCAAUGUCGGUCAGAAUCCUGCCAGACAAUGCGCCAUCGGUGCUGGCCUCCCCGAAUCCACGAUUUGUACCACUGUCAACAAGGUUUGCGCGUCUGGCCUGAAGGCGGUUAUUCUCGGUGCUCAAACAAUCAUGACCGGAAUAGCCGAUGUUGUCGUUGCUGGUGGCACGGAGUCCAUGUCGAACGCUCCCCACUACCUUCCGAACCUUCGAUCUGGCGCUAAAUAUGGCCACCAGAGUCUUGUCGAUGGCGUUAUGAAGGAUGGCUUGACCGAUGCCUAUGGGAAACAAGAACUUAUGGGCUUGCAAGCGGAGGAAUGUGCUCAGGAACAUGGCUUCAGUAGGGAGCAGCAGGAUGAUUAUGCUAUCCGCGCUUAUGAAAAGGCCCAGGCUGCGCAGAAGGCAGGUCUUUUCGAUGAAGAAAUCGCGCCAAUUCAACUGCCCAGUUUCAGGGGCAAGCCAGGUGCGACUGUGUCACAAGAUGAAGAACCAAAAAAUCUUAAUCCCGAAAAACUUCGGAAUAUCAAGCCCGCCUUCAUUCCCGGAACCGGAACUGUAACAGCUCCUAACUCGUCCCCUCUCAACGAUGGUGCGGCGGCUGUUGUUCUUGUCUCAGAGGCUAAGGUGAAGGAACUCAACCUGAAACCUAUUGCAAAAAUUUUGGGCUGGGGAGAUGCCGCUCAGAAGCCCAGCAAAUUCACUACUGCACCGUCUCUUGCAAUCCCCAAGGCUCUCAAGCACGCUGGAGUAACCCAGGACGCCAUCGACGCGUUUGAGAUCAAUGAGGCGUUCAGUGUAGUCGCCCUUGCUAACUUGAAGUUGCUUGGUAUCCCUGAGGAAAAGGUUAACAUCCACGGCGGUGCUGUUGCUAUCGGUCAUCCUCUGGGCGCUAGUGGUGCUCGUAUUUUGACCACCUUGCUUGGCGUUUUGAAGGCGAAGAAUGGUAAGCGGGGCUGUGUUGGCAUCUGCAACGGAGGUGGUGGUGCAAGUGCUUUAGUAAUUGAAACCUUGUAGAGGAGAUAUAUUGUUAUUAUAUGCCUUGUAGCCGUGGCUACAAGGGUGCAUGAGAACCAAGGAAGCUACUAAAAAAACUUGUGUGAUGCAGGGCAAGAUAUCCAUAAAUAAAAUUUCAGAACGUAU